AUGGCUUACCUCAAUGCGACCGGCCUGCUGGACAAGAACGCUUCAUAUUUCAUUAAUGACACGCAUAUUCACCACAACGGAACCUGGACAUGGAUACCGAGCCUCCCAUACUUGAAUUUAACUGGUAACCGAGGAGGUGGUGUCGCUCACCAGACCGAACCUGAUCCAGCUUCAUCAAUCAGUAGAGACGAUGCAGCGUGGGUGCUCACUGCUACAUUCAUCAUUUUUACAAUGCAAUCAGGGUUUGGGCUGCUGGAGGGAGGUUGCGUGUCCAUCAAGAACGAGACCAACAUCAUGGUGAAGAAUGUGGUUGACGUCGUGCUAGGAGGCAUCACAUACUGGAUGUUUGGGUACGGCUUGUCUUUUGGAACGGCGCGGGGAUCAAAUCCUCUCUUUGGUUGGGGGAGCUUUUUCCUGAACGCCGAUGAAGAUACCAUGGGCGAUGUCUACACGACCUUCUUCUUCCAGCUCUCAUUCGCCACGACAGCCACCACUGUCGUAUCCGGAGCCGUGGCGGAGAGGUUCAACUUCGUAGCGUACGUGAUCUUCAGCAGCGUAAACACGAUUGUGUAUUGUAUACCUGCGGGCUGGUUGUGGUCCAAGAGAGGGUUCCUUUACCAGAUGGGCGUGAUCGACAUCGCAGGAUCUUGCGGCGUUCAUCUGUGUGGUGGCGCCUCUGCUUUCCUGGCUGCGGUGAUGGUGGGCCCCCGCUUGGGUCGCUACGAUCACUCGGACGCUCCUCUUCCUAUGGGGUCGCCCACCACCGCCAUCUUGGGCAUGUUUAUGCUCUGGUGGGGCUGGCUGGGCUUCAAUUGCGGCAGUACCUUCGGAAUACAAGACCACAAAUGGAAGUACGCAGCACGAACGGCCGUCACGACGAUCCAAGCGAGCAUCGGAGGAGGGAUUGCUGGCAUGAGCAUUUCUUGGUACAAGAACCGGCAGCUGGAGAUCGGGGACGUUGUAAACAGCAUCUUAGGAGCGCUGGUCUCCAACACUGCGGGAUGCGCUUUAUAUACGACCUAUGAAGCCUUAUUGGUAGGCACGGUCGGAGGAACUAUAGCUGUCCUCACCAUGCCACUCAUCGACAAACUGCACGUUGACGACCCUGUUGGUGCCACGUCUGUGCAUGGCUUAUGCGGACUGUGGGCCAUGAUUGCAAUUGGACUCUUCGUCAAGGCUGACAACUUACUUGCAAUGACUAACGGCAGAUCUGGAUUGCUAAGAGGAGGAGGAUUUUACCUGCUUGGAGUCCAGCUCCUCGCCUGUCUGGUCGUCAUCUUGUGGUCCAUGAUAGUUACCUUCAUUUUGUUAAAGAUCAUAGAUAAAUUUAUGGUACCAAUCCGAAUGAGCGAGUGGGAGGAGCUUGUGGGUGCCGACUUUGCGGAGCACGGCUUCAGGAGGAGAGGUGCAGGCAUCACCCGAGCCACUUCCGUGCUCGGCUUCCAGCACCACGGCCACGACUACUCCACCAUACCCGUGCAGGGGGAUAACCCUUGCCAUGUCUCAGUUUUGCAGCGGCUGAGCGCCCUCCAUUCUCGCCCUGGUUCUAGGCUUUCUUCAGCAAUCGCGAAAAUAUCCAAACGAAUUAUAUCAACAAACGAUUCCCAAAAUCGCUUUGCUAACAAGAUCAGCAUCAUCGAUGAAGAUGAAAUACCCGAACAUUUCGUUCAUCCCUUCGGCAGCCUGGGUCCAGCUGCCUCACGGCUGGAAAUCAACCGCAGAGUCACGUCAGCGCGUGACGCGCCUUCUUCGGCGGGCUCUGGUUCUAGAGUGUGGUUUGAUGCGGAAACGAUCCCAUAA